AUGACCAGCAUGUCAGGUAAGCCAACUAAAGUUAAAGAACCAAGUAGGUGUGGUUCUAUAAACAACGAUGAUUUACGUCCUGAGUUUUCCUUCCUUUUACCCUCAUCGGGUGUUUCUAAAUCUGUCUGUGAUAAUUUAGAUUUGUAUCUCCAGCUGCCUGAAUACAUUCAAAGUCUUAUAAGGGUCAUAUUUAAUUCGUUGAACACUUUGAGGCUCGAAAACAUUGUGCCUACCAAAGAAAACCUUGGUUAUGGUAUGCGUUAUAGUAAACCUGAAUAUUGUCAUACUGAUGUUACAGUAGCCUUAAGUAUUGCACUAGAGCAACUAAUGAUAUUAAAGUUAGGACUAGUUAAUUUUGAGCUAUAUGUUGGUAAACCCGCAAGGAUUUGGAAAUGUGUGAAUCCACUUGGUGGCAAUCCUAACCAGUAUAAGGAUGCAAUUUGGAAUGCGAUUGAGAAAUUUCUUUGUUCAACUGUUGGACAUUCAGCGAUAGCAGCAUCUGAAUGCAGGUAUGAAGCCGCUUCAACUCUUAGAAAUGCAUGUCUCAAAAAUCUUACACUGGGUGAAGUACUUCAAAUCCUGAAUAUGAUUAUCACUCUGAAGGGUUGGAUCAAAACUCACUCUGAGUGGCAACCAAUUGCUAUUACUCUUCCAGUGACUAAUAAUGAUAAGGAUACCAUGUCAUAG